GGCCUCAGCCCCGGCCGCGAGAGCUUCGCCUCCUCCACUCGAACCUCGGCCUCCUCCUCCUCCUCCGUCCUUAUCAUGAUCCAGGAGUGGGCCCCGUCCUGCCUCUCUAAGAGCAAUUGGAGGAAGGUGGAUCACGAGGAGGGAGAUCUGCAGCCGGCGGGGGAGUGGGACCCGGGACUGCCGACGCCACGUGCCAGCAGGAAGCCCUUGAGGGAGAGUGAUUUGGCGCCAGCGCCGCAGCCCCAGGCUGCUCCGGUUGCUGAUGUCGUGCCCCACGUUCCAGUGGCCGCUGCGGUGCACGGGCGGAAGGAGAGGGAGUAUGUUUGGGCGUAUAAGUACAGGCCGAGGUCCCUGGACGAGUUUAUUUGUAACAAGGAUCGGGUUGAGGAGCUAAAGGAGAUGGUGAGAAAGCAAAAAUGCGGUCAUCUUAUAUUUGAGGGUCCUCCAGGGGUUGGGAAGAGAACUAUGGCUUUAGCAUACUUGCGAGAUGCCUUGGGACCUGAAAAUUUGAAGACAAAAAAUGAAUUGAGGAAAAUUGAACUAAAGGGUGAGCAUAUCACCACCAUUGACGUCAAUCUGAGAAUAUCAUCCAAACAUGUUGAGAUUAAUUUAUCUGAAUUGCCUGGAUAUGAAAAGCAUGUUCUUGUGUCUCUGAUAAAUGAAUCCCAUUCUCCAUUGGACAAACCCAUCCAAUGUGAUCCUCCUAAUUUUCGAGCAAUUGUUGUGCACGAGGCUGACAAGCUUUCAACAGAUGCUCAGUUUUAUAUUCGCUGGAUCAUGGAGAAGUACAAGGGCUGUAAUAAGAUCUUCUUUUGCUGCUCUGAUGCCUCAAAGCUUCAAACAAUAAAACAUCUUUGCAAAAUCGUAGAACUCCGACCACCUUCGGAUAGUGAGAUCGUUGAAGUUCUGGAGCUCAUUGCAAAACAAGAACAUAUUGAAUUGUCUCAACAUCAAGCACAAAAAAUUGCGCAGAACUCGAAGAACAACCUUCGACAGGCAGUUCGUUCAUUUGAAGCCUCCUGGAAGUAUAAUUCAUUCAAGGAUGAAGUGGAGAUCUUGACUGGAUGGGAAGAUGAUAUUGCUAAAAUAGCUACGAGUAUUGUUAAGGAUCAAAGCCCAAAGCAGUUAUAUAUUAUCCGUGGGAAGCUUAAAAAGCUGAUUGAACAUGACGUAUCACCAGAUUUUAUUUUCAGUACUCUGGUUUGUGAACUGAAGAAGCAAGUGAUCAACCAGUUCCAUGGCAAGAUCGAUGCUAUGUAUCAGGAGUACAAGCUUCAUGUCACUGGGUCUAACUCGAGCCUGGAGAAUGUGGGACUUUAUAGUCAAGAGGUUUCUGGCGACAAGUCUCAUGACCAGCGAAAAAAUGUUCACUACUUCAUGAAGAUUGAAGAAUUUACUGCAAAGUUUAUGAGCUACUACAAAUUGUCAAUAACCAAAGGCAUCAGGGGAAGUGGUUGUCGUUGAAGCUUGGAGAACAAGUUCAUGAACUUUAUCGGAAAGUUGAGGGAGCUAUCCCCUAAAUGGCAUCUUAUUAAGCAAGAAAUAUUACUCGAUGACUUGUCUUAUAUCGAAAUAAAGAAUAUGCAAAUAAUGGAUGCACUGAAACCAUCUUCUAAAACUCAUUCACAGAGAUGAAAUUGUAGAUGGAAGUGCAAGACUCUUGUAUGAUUGUUAUUCUAUAUAUCGUGGCCGCAAGUAGCUUUGCAUUGUUGGAAGUGGUUGAUCACUUGAUUGUGAUGCCCAGCAGCACAUACCUCUAGCUUACGGAAAACAGCAAUUUUAUGUUCUAUGGUGCCAUUUUGCUAUUCAAGAUGCU